AUGCUCCGGAAGCAGGUGGAGGCCCUCCAGCGGAGGCACCACAACUCGACGAGGCUCAUGUACGCGGACUACUACGGCCUCGUGUACCAGAUGGUCCAGGAGCCCCACAAGUUUGGUACUUGGCUUGGCGCGCUAGGGUUUAGCGCUCCGUUUGAGGCCUGCUGCGGGGUGGGAGGGGGCAAGUACAACUUCGACCUGAGCGCGAGGUGCGGCAUGGACGGGGCCACGGUGGCGUGCCGCCACCCGUCGGCGCGGCUCAGCUGGGACGGCAUCCACCCUACGGAGGCGGCUAACAAGGUGAUCGCCGGGGCACUGCUCAGGGGACCCUACUGCACCCCUCCCAUCCUAUCCUAG